AUGUCUUCGACGACUGCUACAAUCGGGAAAUUUCACAAAAAGGGAAAUGUUAAAACAGCCAACCUUGAGUCUGACUUCAACAAGAUGAAGAUCAUGCACACAGUUCAUAGGAAAAGUGGUUGGGUCCAAGUGAAAGAUGAUGGGAUCAUCUCCUUUAGAUGGCCAAAGAAAUAUCUUGUCUUGAGUGAGACCAGCAUUGAUUUCUUUAAGAGUGAAGAAAAAUCAGAGCUUUGGUAUAGGAUUCCAUUACUGCAUGUUUACAAUUGUGUCAAGAAUCAAAUGAAAGAAAAUUGUUUUGAGAUUCAACAUAAAACGAAAUCUACAUUUGUUACCACUAAAUCUGAUCAAGAAAUGAAUAUGUGGAUUGAUUCUAUUUUGGCAAAAUGUCCGAAGGAGGGCUUCUCCACACCGUUGAAAGUUACACACGAGGCAAAAGUGAGUUAUGACGCCCAAAAUGGUACCUUUAAGGUCAAGGGGAUUCCACCGGAAUGGUUGGCAUUACUUAAGGGUUCGAAUAUAACUUAUGAAGAUUUUGCUGCUGAUCCGUCUGCAGUUAUUGAUGUCUUGAAUACUUAUAGUGAAAUGGUCAGCCCUGAACUGAGUCAUUCCGACAAGUUUUUGAAUAACGCUCUACCAAAUAUACAGAAAACAUUAAAGAGUAAUUUAGGCUCAAGAGAUGCCCCAAACUCAACCAAUCUGUUGAACGAUAUCACCAAACCUUACUCUAAAAAUAAAGAUGAUGAAUUACAAAAGUUCUCUCAGCCGAGAAGAGCACCUCCUGCACCACCUGUAUCAUAUUCUAAGGACACCAUUGAUACUAAACGGGAUGACAAAUUAUUCAUUCCAACAAGAAAAGCUCCACAGAUACCCAAUGCUCCUAAAUCCAACAUAUCAAUUCCAACACCACCUCCAUCAGCACAAUCGAAGGAAUAUUUUAUGACAGUUAACAAACCUGUUGGUUCUACCCCAAAUAGUGUUCCUCCACCGUUACCAUCUUCUGUCCCCCAGACCAGACACGAUUUGAAACCUUUAAAAAUUGAUACCAAGAAUAUCCCCCAAGCAGCAACUAGAAAUUAUUCACCAGCUUCUGCUAAAGCACAGCAUAAUGCUGAAACAUCUCAAGGACUUGGUGCCAAUAAUCAAAUAAAACAUAGUCCAACUAUCGGAAAUAAAGUUCAUCCUUAUAAUGGCCAACCUAACAAUCUGUCGAAUCCAAAUUUAAUUCCUAGACGUGCAGCACCAAAACCAAAUCAGCAUCCACAACAAAGGCUACAAGAUAACUAUGUAAAUCCGUACCAGAAGCAACCAUCACAAGCACCACAGCAGUUCCACCACAAUCAGUAUCAGCAGUCUCAUCCUUCUACAAAACAACCAACUGCUACUGUUAACAAUGCUUCUGAACCAAGUAAUGCCCAGAUGAAUGCCCAAGCGAAACUUUUGGGACAUAGCAACAACGGUAAUACCAUCAAGCCUCCUAAAAGACCUGCUGAUAAACGUAUUUCAACUAUGACAGAAGCACAGAUUAUGGCUAAAUUGAGGAGCGUAGUGAUCAAUGCCAACCCCACUCCUUAUUUUCAAAUACUUUCAAAGGCUGGUCAAGGUGCUAGUGGUUCAGUCUAUCUAGCGAGAUCUAAACGAUUAAAUGGUCAAUGCAUAGCCAUUAAACAAAUAGAUCUGACUAAGCAAAGUCGUAAAGAGUUGAUUGUGAACGAGAUCCUAGUCAUGAAAGACUCGCAGCAUCCAAAUAUUGUCAACUUUAUUGAGGCAUAUUUGAACGGACCAUCUGAUUUAUGGGUGAUUAUGGAGUACAUGGAAGGUGGGUCGUUAACUGAUGUCAUUGAUAAUAAUUCCAAGAUUACCGAAGAGCAAAUUGCCAGUAUUUGUUACGAAACCACUAAAGGUUUACAACAUUUACAUAAGAAAAACUUCAUUCAUCGUGAUAUCAAAUCUGAUAAUGUUCUAUUGGAUGCUCAUGGUAACGUCAAAAUCACUGAUUUUGGGUUUUGCGCAAAGCUAACGACAGAGAAAUCAAAGAGAGCUACAAUGGUGGGCACACCAUACUGGAUGGCACCCGAAGUUGUCAGACAGAAGGAAUAUGACGAAAAGGUCGAUGUAUGGUCAUUGGGUAUCAUGACAAUUGAAAUGAUCGAGGGAGAGCCUCCAUACUUAAACGAAGAACCACUAAAAGCCUUGUAUUUGAUCGCCUCCAAUGGCACGCCAACAUUGAAAAAUCCUGAAUCAUUAAGCAAUGAUAUAAUGGACUUCUUAACUGUGUGUUUAUGUGUGGAAGUUAAAUUCAGAGCGACGACAGAUUCGUUAUUGAAACACAAGUUCUUCCAAAAGGCAUGCCCAACAUCACAACUAGCCGAAUUACUAAAAUUUAAUAAUAAUUGA